GUCACAACAAAUUCGGUGGUAUGUGUGUGUGAUUGAAGGUGUUUAUUUGUGCUAUUUUUACUAUAUUUCCAACAUUUUGUAAUUGAAUGAUAAAUUUUUAACUUCUUCAAACUUUUGAUGUUACAUUUUUUUCAACGGCCAACGAUCACUUGUCAAUCGUAUAAAGUUCAUUGAACUGUUCACUUUGAUAAUACGAUUGCAUAACAACAUCGUAGAUCAUUCUCGGCACAUUACCGCAGUUCCAGAGCGCCGGUCAAAGUGCAUUAUCGUUUGUGUACGAAUUUUGCUCGUUAAAUUUCCCAUUCCUUCUACGAACGAAAUGCUUAAGAACGCAGUCGCACUCGUAACCGGUGGUGCCUCGGGUCUUGGCCGUGCCACGGUGGAACGUUUUGCCCGCGCCGGGUAUAAUGUGCUGCUGUGCGAUCUACCAACCUCCAAGGGUAACGACGUUGCCAAAGAGCUGGGAGAGAAGGUGGUGUACGUUCCGGUCGAUGUGCUGUCUGAAAAGGAUGUGAGUGGUGCACUGGAACUGGCGAAAAGUAAAUUCGGCCGGUUGGAUGUAUCGGUUAACUGUGCCGGCAUUGCGGUGGCCGUGAAGACGUACAACUUCAACAAGAAGGUAGCUCACAAGUUGGAAGAUUUCCAGCGCGUUCUGCUGGUAAACACGGCCGGUACGUUUAACGUGAUUCGUCUGUCGGCGGGAUUGAUGGGCGAGAAUGAACCGAAUGCUGAUGGUCAGAGGGGCGUCAUCGUGAAUACAGCAUCGGUAGCUGCUUACGAUGGGCAGAUUGGACAGGCGGCUUAUUCCGCUUCCAAGGCGGCCGUCGUCGGUAUGACGCUUCCGAUCGCACGUGAUCUCAGCACGCAGGGCAUUCGGAUAGUUACGGUCGCUCCUGGACUGUUCAAUACGCCGAUGUUACAAGCCUUGCCGGAUAAGGUUCGUGCUUUCCUAGCCAAAACGGUACCAUUCCCCCAACGUCUUGGUGAACCGGCUGAGUACGCUCAGCUGGUUCAGAACAUCGUCGAUAAUCCUAUGCUGAAUGGGGAGGUCAUUCGCUUGGAUGGAGCACUACGCAUGAUGCCUUAACUGGAGAAGGACAUUUUCGAAGAAGUGGUCUUGCUGUUCAAUAACGGAUGCAUUUAUUCAGUACCUCAAGAAUGAGACGCAACGAAGUCUUCUAGUAAAGUAUCGUCAAACGAUAAUUCCCCUUUUGUAUUCAUGUUUCGUAUUUUGCUAAUUUUAAAAUAAAAGCAAACUUUCUUAAGCAUCACAA